AUUUUUUAACCUUAAACUUCCUUGUUAAAAACAAAAGAGCCAGCCAGCCUAUAGCUGUCUUUCAUUAUCCCAGCUGAUUGUGACUGUGGUGGUCACAAAUGUAUAAAAGUGGGGUGCUCCAGCAGCUUCUCAAUCAGGUCACUGAAACAGUCAAGGAUCAAUGGGUCUGCUUGUUUUGCUGCUUUGCUGGAGCCUGGUCUCCGGAGUCUUUGCUUCUCAUCUGCAAGGUGGGAUCAUGACUUUCACACCCAAGGGAAGAAAUCCAGAUGGGACAAUCAGGGUGGACUUUCGUUACAAAGAGUCGUUCAGAACUGGAUGUCAUCGCGAGUUUUACUGGAACUGCCGUCAGGGAAACUGUGGUUCCAUAGAACACUUUGAAUAUGGGACAAUUGAUAGUGACCCUUUGGGAGACAGCUGGUGUCAGGCAGAGGGCUACAUGUCAAGAAGCAUAUCAAGUGAUAAACCUUUUGACUUACAGGAGACAAGCUGCUGUUGGAUCUUCAACUCACACUCUGCUUCCUCAUGGCUGCUGUUGACUCACGUAGAUCUGGGCACAAGAUCAGAUACAGGAUUCCCCAACAGAUCCCCAGUAACGACAAUCCCUCCAAUAAUCAGGGUCCCCCAAAACUGUCCAGCAACAUACUCAUUAAUGGCACAUGACCCAGAUGGGGAUAGUGUAAGAUGCCGAUAUGGAAUUGCAAGCUCCUCUGAGUGUUACAGCUGCUACCAACAUCCAAAUUUCCAUCUAGAUGAGAGGACCUGUACUUUAUCUUUUAAUGGUGCAGGAUUCGGCACUGCACAUGUGUUUGAACUUGUACUGGAAGAUUUUCCGAGGCAGUACAUAACAUUAAGAUAUGGAGAUGGUACAACAUCUACCCGAAUCCCGUUCAAUUUCCACAAGAAACAUCAAAGUAACUUUAACACUACACCCUGGAGGAGAACAACUACAACCGCAUCGAGUCCAUCCACUACUCCACCCUAUACCUGGUGGUGGAGGCAACCAACUUCAUCCACAGCUCCAACUACAACUGCUCCAACCACUUCAACCCAACAAAACUGGUGGUGGUAUUAUCCAUCAACAACCACAACUGCUCCAAGCACUUCACCCGAACAAAACUGGUGGUGGUAUGAUCCAUCAACAACCACAACUGCUCCAAGCACUUCACCCCAACAAAACUGGUGGUGGUAUUAUCCAUCAACAACCACAACUGCUCCAAGCACUUCACCCCAACAAAACUGGUGGUGGUAUGAUCCAUCAGCAACCACAACUGCUCCAAGCACUUCACCCCAACAAAACUGGUGGUGGUAUUAUCCAUCAACAACCACAACUGCUCCAACCACUUCUCCAGCCACACCUGCUCAAACCACUACUACAACAGCAGCUCCAACCAAUGCAGCUCUAACCACUACACCAUUAACCACUACACCAUUUACAACAAGCUCAAACUAUUAUGAUCCACUCAGCAAAAUACCCUUGCAAUUUGUUGUCCAAGUUGACUCUGCUGUGCCCUCCUGUAAUUUUGGGGAAUACAGACCAGAGUUUCUAGCUCCAACUCCUGCCCAUGGUAUCUAUGUAAAUGCUUCAGUUGGACAUGAAUUCCAAAUCCCUCUCAGAGCAGCAGCAACAAGGGACAGAAUAUAUGAUAUCAAGAUGAGUGGACCCCUUAACAUAACAAAAUCAUUAAAAAACUAUGAUAGCAACAGUGGAGUCAUCGAUGUAAUGAUUACGUGGACCCCAACUGAAAAUGACUUUGGUGAACACAUUCCCAUAUGUUUUAUUGCAGAAACAGCAAGUGGGUACCAGUCUGAAAUGAGAUGCAUUAUAGUAGUUGUUGUAAAUGAAAUAGGUGAAGCUGAUAUUGAAUGCACUGACACAACAAUGACUCUGUACAUUUCCAAGUCUUCGGUAAGAGGACUUCAUGAAAAUCAUUUACGUUUAAAUGAUCCGACGUGUUCAGUGACAUCCAAUGGCUCUCAUAUUAUUGCAAGUGUGUCUCUGAACUCCUGUGGAACAAAACUGGAGGAAACUGAAAAUGAUCUAAUUUUCAGAAAUGAAAUUACAUCAUUUGAUCAUCCUCAUGACAUCAUAACCAGAAAGCAUCAGAUCGAGAUACCGUUCAUUUGCAAAUUCCCCAAAAAGAGUCGACUCUUGGCCUCCUUCAAAGCACACAAGAGUGCCUACUUGUUCACAGAAGCCGGUUUUGGCAGUUUCACCUAUUUGUUUGAGUUCUAUGACAGCAGUGAUUUCAGCAGAAUGAUCAACCCAAACACUUACCCCAUUGAGGUGGAGCUACAGGACAUGAUAUACAUGGGCAUCCAAGUACAGUCAUCCCUUUCAACCACCCAGCUGUUUGUGGAGUCCUGCAGAGCAACGCCAAAUGAUAACCCCAACGAUCCCCUCUACUAUGAUAUCAUUAGCAAUGGGUGCAUUGAAGAUGAAACCACGGUUGUUUAUUUAAACAACCAGACUGAUUUCAGAUUUGGACUGGAGGCCUUUAAUUUCAUCGGGAACUAUGAACAGGUGUUCAUCAGCUGCACAGUCAUCCUGUGUGUAGCUGGGGAUCCCGACAAUAGAUGUGCUCAGGGCUGCACCAAUGGUACCUCCUUUGGACAUCACCAUCGCAAGAGAUCACUGGCUUCACAGAGCCAGAGACACUUCAUAUCCCAGGGGCCUCUGCAGUUUGCAAGGAGCUCUUCAGGCAGCCCAGGCUCCAAUCUGAAUUUGAACUUGAACAUCCUGGUUGUCGCUGUUGCUUUCUGUGCUGCCGUUGCCCUGGUUUGUGGAGUUCUGAUCUACAAAGCGAAAAUGGCCAAGAUUGUCAAAUAUGAAACCGUUCCUUCUGCUGACUUCUAAAAUCAGAAAGAGACAAAACAGAUAUUUUAGUGAUCCCCUUGAAUUACCAUGGGAGAUUUUCCAUUUGAAAAGCCUAAUAGCUAAUAGGGUUACUCAACCACAAAUACAUGCAUCUAAAUCCAUUACAGUUUGAUAAUAUGUUUAGGUUUUGCUUUCUGCAAUAUUAAAAGUUCUUGCUUUGUAUCUGUUAAAGUAAUUGUUUAGAGUAAUAAUACAGUAAUACAGUAACGUUUUUACAUUUAGCUGAUGAACUGGUGGCACUUUUUAAGAAUUUGAUACAAACUAUAAUAAUUAAAACAUUAAAGAAAAAGAAGCAAUUCGAUACAAAAUAUGCUUUCAAAUAGUGUAUAAAACAAGGUGUGAUUAAGACUAAGUAAUGUCUGUUUUUUCUACAUUGCAGUUGCCUUUUCAUGCACAACAAUAGUAUUCUGUACAUGUAUCUAUUAAUACUUUGUUAACUGCAUUUUAAUACCUCUUUUGUAAGAUUCAUACCUCAUUUCUAUGCAUACUUACUCUUCGUGUUUGGCUGGUAUUGUACAAAGGGGCUUCUCAAGGGUUUUUCAUUUCUAUUGUGUGUUGCAUCUUGUCUCAGUGGGUUUUCAUGGUAAAUCUUUCAAUA